CAAGUGUGUUCACAUGUUCCUUCAUGUUCUGUGGCCAUAUUGCUGAAAAUGCACUGUGUUAUUUUUGCAAAAUCUUCAUAUAAGAAUCAUUUGAUAUUCGCUUUCUAAUGGGAAUACAGUGGGUGUCGUCCAAGCAGAGUUCCUCGGCUCAUGUGGUGUUGCCCUUUUAAGAGCACAAGCGCGACAGGCUUGAGGGAUGACGUCUCCAGCGCAAAGACCGGAGUUCAUCCGUACCUAGACACUAGUGGAGCAGCAGAGAGGGCGAAACGACUGCUGCACUGAUUGGUGAACAGACCCCACCAUGCGUGAAUACAAGCUAGUGGUGCUAGGCUCAGGGGGUGUGGGAAAAUCUGCGCUGACAGUCCAAUUCGUACAGGGAAUAUUUGUGGAGAAGUAUGACCCCACAAUAGAAGACUCCUACAGAAAGCAAGUGGAGGUGGACGGGCAGCAGUGCAUGCUGGAGAUCCUGGACACGGCCGGGACGGAGCAAUUCACGGCCAUGAGGGACCUGUAUAUGAAGAAUGGCCAGGGCUUCGCCCUCGUGUACUCCAUCACAGCGCAGUCCACCUUCAACGACCUGCAGGACCUGAGGGAGCAGAUACUGCGAGUAAAGGACACUGAGGAUGUCCCCAUGAUCCUGGUGGGAAACAAGUGUGACCUGGAGGAUGAGCGGGUGGUGGGAAAGGAGCAGGGCCAGAACCUGGCCAGACAGUGGAACUGCUGUGCCUUCUUAGAGUCUUCGGCCAAAUCGAAGAUCAACGUUAACGAGAUCUUCUACGACCUGGUCAGGCAGAUAAAUAGGAAAACGCCGGUGGAAAAGAAGAAGAUGAAAAAGAAAUCCAACUGCACCCUUCUCUAAAGCAGCUCUGAGCCAGAAUGCUGUGAUGAAGAACUGUUGCCCAAUCGGAACGUGCCAGCAUUCCAAACACCCCCCCCCCCCCCCUCCAAACGGUAAACGCAAGCGUUAAGAAAAGCCUAGCCGACGAUUCACUCCUCUACAACGAAGGACGAAAGAGAGAAGAUUCAGCAUAUCCCACGGACUCCUCCUCCACUUUUAUAUCACAAACGCCCACCUGAAGAAUAUUCCGGAUUGUCCUUUGUCUGUUGUUCCGACGGCGGAAAACCGACGGCGAACUCUUGCAGUGGCUCUUACUUUCCCACACCCAGCUUUUCCGCCGCUUUCGGGAAAUGCACAUUUCAAAAAGGAAAACCGAGAGACUACAGUAUUUCGACCUUUGCGAUAGCUUAUUCGAAGACAGGAAAAUUUGAAGUUUAGCCGUAUGAUUAUUAAAUAAAAAACCCUUUCCCUUAAAACCGCAUGGACGCAUUUCAGAUUCGAUUGUAGAUGUUGCCAGUGAAAUCACGUUGAGAGAUUGACCUUUUUAUAACCACAAACCCUCCUCACUGCACUAAUUGUGUUGGCAGUAAUAGAUCAAAGUCCAUAUAUAUUUUUUUGUUCCCUACAUCUACGGAGUACUCUCCAGCAAGUAACAUCUUUCCUGUGUGACUUUGUUUUAUAUUUAAAGUCACAGGGCUUUCAUAUUUCCCAUAAUAUAUUCAGAUUUUUUUUUUUUUUUUUUGCAUAAUAAUGCUUUCAAAAAAAUGUCUUUUAUAGAGAAGAAAUGGGGAAAAAUAAUAAUUGAUUUCUAUGUCUCUUGAAGCUGAAAUAUAUUAUACUAAACCAACUCUAAUAUUGCUUCUUGUGUUUUCCUGUCACAAAAAUGAUUUUCCAGCUUUUAUGAAUUAUUAAAUUUUAGUACAUUUUCAUUA